GUACUAUUUGACGUGGUCGUGUUCAUCCUGGCCAUUAUCCCUUCACACAUUCACGGCUUCUACAUCUCUCUCACCUACUUCAAUCGCAAGAGGAAAGUACGCAACGGGGUCUAUCCGGGCACACCGAAGCAUUUGAUCUGGAGCGAACGGGCGAACAAUGGGGUUGCAACCAGGAGGGAGGUGGAGAGGUUGAGAUACGAGAAGGAGCAGGGGAAGGUCGGCCGCCGAAACAGCCAAAGGUUUACAGGCUCAUGGGGACGUGCUGGUUCCGCGAGGCGGGUUGAGGACCGGGACGAUAGGUACAAGGAAUAUGCUGCGAGUCCGCAAGUCAGCAGGGAUGGGAGGCAGAGGGGGUGCAGAAACUACGACGAC